AUGAUGUUUUCGGAUGGUGUUCAUCGCAAACGCAGCUCGGACGACCGUGAUAUCCCUCAAUCGCCAAGCCCGCAAUCAACAACGACUUCGAACUCCGACUCCGCGUCGUCUUUAUCAAUAGAUCAUCCCAUUCUAAAUGAUAAGGCUGAUGAUUUAGCUGGAGCUUUUGAAACGUUAAAAGUUGCCACGGGCAAAGAUGGGCCAGAAAUUAACAGUUCUCGUCGGAGAUUUGAAUUUCUCAAUCUUCUCAAAAAAAUUGAUGACAAUCCUGUUGGAACUGCUUCUGCUCAAGUUUUGUAUGUUUUAUGUAAAACCGAAGCUGAAUACAAGGUGAAGUUCGGAAUCCCUCUUACAACAAAGCAAAUCUUCGAAUGCAAGCGGGCUGCAAAGUUCGCUGGAAAAGAUGGUGCAAUAUUUGACGAAUUGUUUCGCAAGAGUUAUGUGAAGGAGUGCAGUGAGCGGUCAAGAGGGUCCACUUCAUCAUCAGUGGGAAAUGAUGAUGGUUAUGUUCACGGCUCCGAAAUCAACGCUCGAAGUCUUCCCAUUCAUCCGCUUUCUUUUAUCGGUAGAGCACUGACUGAUCAAAUGAAUCCGAUUGAAAAAGAAGACCAAAAGCCGAAGAAAGACGAGUCGACAAACUAG